AUGAAGAACAGUAAAAACGAUAACAAAAAAUCAUUAUUGAAACGUUUCGUUCAAACAGUGAGCAAUUCACAGAUCGGAAAGAAGCUAUUGACUGCUGAAAUUGAAAAAGAAGUCAAGAACAAUGUUGUUCAUAUGUUUCCAAAACCAGAGGGAUCGCAAGGCAAAGUGACAUUUCCAGAGAAGGGAGUGAAAGAGUCAGAAAUUGAAGAAUAUUUAUUGAAAUUGAAAGAGAUGGAUGUAAAAACAAAAGAAGGGAAGACAUUUGCAUUUGUGUAUCAUCUAUCAGAGGGUCAUGAUGAAUUUGUGACCAAAAUGCAUAACAUGUUUAUUAAUACGAACUGUUUGAGUCCAAUGGCUUUCAAAUCAUUGAGACAAAUGGAAGUUGAGCUUGUUGAGAUGACAUCCUCUCUUUUCCAUGGUCAUGAGCCCUGUCAUGAUGAGAAUAUUUUACCCUAUGAAUUUCAUCGAGAAUUUCUCAAAAAAGAUGUUGUUGGAAAUUUAACAUCAGGAGGCACUGAAUCUCUUCUAGUCAUGCUCAAAACCUAUCGUGACUUUUUCUCUUCCAACAUUGAAGAGUUUAAGAAAAUAAUGAAGAGAAAGUAUCCCUCUCAAUCAUUGGAGAUUGACUAUUACAAUGGCCCAUUCGAAGUCAUUGUUCCUACGACCAUUCACCCUGCCGUGAAUAAGGGAGCUCAUUAUUUUGGCUUAAAGCUUGUGGAAGUACAAGUGGAUCCAACAACAAUGACAAUUAUUCCUGAAAAGGUUGAGCAAGCAUUCCAUCCAGGAAAAACGAUACUGGUCAUUGGCAGUUGUCCAUCCUAUCCGCAUGGAGUGCUUGACCCAAUUGAUAAACUGUCUGAACUUGUGGUCAAAUUAGGACCCAUUGGUUUACAUGUGGAUAGCUGCAUUGGUGGCUAUGUCAUGCCCUUCAUCCAAGAAUUGAAUGCUCAGAACCACAAUGGCUCAAACAAAGAGCAGCUAUGCAUUUUCGAUUUUUUGAAUUUAGGAGUCACCAGCAUUUCUGCCGAUUUACACAAAUAUGGAUACUCUUGUAAAGGUGCAAGUGUCAUCAUGUAUAGAAAUUCUUUCAUUCGAAAGUAUCAAUUCUUUGUAUACAAUGGAUGGAGUGGAGGUCUGUACAUUUCUCCCACAAUCACAGGAAGUAAGGGAGGAGGUCCAAUUGCCUCAAGUUAUGCAAGUGUUAAAUUAUUAGGAAAGCAAGGUUUUUUGAAGGUUACCCAACGAGUGUUAAAUACGAGAAAAUUCAUUCAAAAUGCCAUUGAAACUGAUGAAUUAUUGUCAAAGUAUUUGAUGGUGGUCGGUCAGCCAUGUUCCACCAUUCUAAGUUUUACCACGCAUCAUGCGUUCAAUCAUUUCUUUAACCUUUCGAAUGCUUCUUCGGAGGAACUUUCAGAAGAGGCUUCACACCAUGAAGUGAAUAUAUUUGCAAUUUCAGAUCACAUGGAAAAGACAUAUGGAUGGGAUCUUCAGAGACAAAUCAAACCUGAUGCCUUGCACAUGACCUUAAUGCCUCAACAUAUUGGACUCGAAGAAAGAAUUAUCUCAGACUUGAAACAAUCAUUGAGAUAUGUGAUUGAUCAUGUCUCAGAGUUUUCUGGCAAGAAUAGUGUGGCCAUGUAUGGAAUGGUUGCUAAUGUGGAGAGUUGGUUGAGUGAGGAUACUGUUGAACUGUUUUUGAAGACGUUUGUGGAUGAAGUUUAUCGAUUUCGUAAUUAA